AUGUACGCCGCAGGCUUCAAUGCCUGGAAUCAAUUAUGCUUCGCGCCGCGGCCGCAGAAUGACAUUGAGCCUGAGGAUUUAUCGACCUUUACAAAAGUCCUGCAUGACGACCACCUUGGACGGCCUCGACCAGGCUUGCACUACACACUAGUCCGUGGCCACGCCGGCUAUCAUUGUGCCGGAUUCGGUGUCCAGACUGCGAGUGAGGGAGAUUUCCGGCACAGCUACGAAGCGUGCCUCGCCAGCAAUGGUCUCACUCUGACCUUUGGUCCUCCACGUACAGCCGCCAGAAUUACGAAUGCGAGCCCCGAGCUGAACCAGCAUACUCUAACGGUGUAUCCUUGCUACCGUGACUUCGUAUCAAAGUCUAAUUCCACGAGCUGGCCAUGUGAUAGCCAGGUCCAAGAAGUGGCCGCCUUCGCCGCUGGGUUUAUAAUCCUCUAUAAAAACGGCAACGUGGCCACGAUGGGUGAUCCACGGUACCAGGACUGCCUCGCUAGAGAGAUUACAUCGGAUGAACCAGCCAGUGAGCCGGGACUUGUACCUGAUCUGAUCGAUCUCGGAGAACCUAUAAAGCACGUUACUGCCGGUGGUUAUUGCCUUGCGGCACUCACUGAGAGCGGAAGCAUUUACAUUUGGGGCCAAAAAUUCUCGGGAUCAAGACAAAGCGGCCAUUCCGCAUUUGCGGACUUGUGUGACGUACCCAACUACCUCGGCGUCGAUGGCGACAAAGAUGUACAGGACGUGGCGUUGGGGGAUAGCCACGCCAUUGCAUUGACAACAGAUGGCACUGUCUAUGUAAUGGGCCGUAACGAUAACGGCCAACUUGGCCUAGGACAAGGCGUGAACAUGGACGCGAAAACAUGGACAAAGGUAGGGCUGGGUAUUUCAGCCGACCAAGUCGUAGGAGUAGCUGCUGGGCCGAAAUCAUCAUUUAUUUUGACCGCACCGAGGAUAGCGUAG